UAUUAUAAAGAUAUUAAUUUUCACUAUUUUUGAAUUUCGAAAAAAAUUUGAAAAUUAUUAUGCAGUGAAUAGGUCACAUCAUUAUAUUGGGAAAUUCCUAUUCGCUGAUAUUUGCAUGCAUUGUAGACAGAACCGUUGGUUGGCAACCGGUUCUAUAUAAAAGCAAACGCAACUAAUGCUGCCAAACAGUACAUCAUCGUAUAUUCAGGAUAUCAUCUUGGACAUCUUCGACAUCAUACAACGUCGAUUGCUGAUCUCUUAUCAAACUAAUUUUAACAAAAUGUUGUUUUAUUUAUUAUUGAUUGCUACAUCAUCGUUUGUCAUUACCGCGUUGCCACAAAAUUUGAAUAACGCACCUGUGGAGAUGGCUCAAGUAGAUGGUUUCAUCUUUGACGGUCCAGUGGCUUCCAAUGAAACACAAGGAAUUACUUCAACAUCCACAACAACUACCUCUUCUAUACUUAACAAUAUAUAUAACGCAUGCGUAAUAAACUGUCCGGUGACGAGUGAAUACAAUCCUGUUUGUGGUACGGACAAGGCUGAUUACAUUAAUCCAGGAAGACUAGGCUGCGCGAAACAUUGUGGGAGAGACGUGGAAUUAAAUUAUUAUGGACGCUGUUCAACAAGUCGAACUGGAUAACAAAUGAUUUACAUUAUGCAAUACAAUUUACGAUAAUAAAUAUUUUAAUAAAAUAUUGGUAAAUGUAAGAAAAAUAUUUAUACAUUAUAAUGUUUACAUUUUAUGGCAAUUUUCAUGUCGCAAUGUUAGGCCUAUUGAAUUGUUAUUCCUUUAGCAACUGUAAUAUCCUUCAUUAAUUUAUUAAAUUUCGGGAGUCCUGUUAUUAUGUUCAUUAUUAUAUUUAUUGUGUUUAUUAUUAAUUUGUUAUGUUUUUCUUCCAAAAAAUACACAACUUUCUCAAUUUUUCCAUUAAUGCUGUAAAUCUCAAUGUCUCCUUGAUGAUUUAUGUAUGUACAUCCGUCUUACUAAAGGUUUCGCAGCAAUCAGUAUGUCUUAGUUGACGUAUUGACUCGCUAUUCAUUUUGACUGAAACAAGCCUGUGCCAUAGUAAAAUGUACAAAAUGUACAAGACUAAAAGACUUUAAUAACUAAAUAGCGACCAAUAUGUGUAUAAUGUAAAAUAAGUGAAUAUUUUCGAUAAUCGCGCGGAUCUUUAUGUCUAAUAAUAAUUUCUGUGAAUUUUAUAUAAUUCGUCUUUCCGCUUAUUAUUUGAAUCAUGAGCCGAUUAUUCUAAGAUCGAUUGUACUGUCGAAAUGCAAUAGACAGAGCAGCCUCAUCCAAAUAAUUUCUAUGAUCGAUAGACUUUGCAUAAAAUCAUCCAAGCUGCGUUAUAUCUCCCUUCGCACUAAAAAAAAUCGCACUCUAUUAACAAAGUGAAUCGGCUUGCUCACAGAAAAUACAAUGAAUAUUUGUUUUACAUCCAGUCUUGAUAAUGUCACAUUCAAGUAUGGUAAUAAUACGUACCGAAGUUCUACAUAGGAACAAUAGUCUUUACUUAUAUUAGCACAUACAAGUUAAAUUCAAUUUGAAUGCAGCUAGAUCUUGCAAUUUGCAGAAAGGCAGAUCCAUUUAUACACUUACAUAUGUUGUGGCACUGAUCUUGUAAAUACCCAUCCCGAUACGUCGAUGUUCUGUAAACUUGUGGUCUUAUUCCCCUUUCGAGUCUCAACAACUCAGGUAUCAUUGAUUGCCAAAGAUUCGCCAUACUACACGAAUAGUAUCGUUUCCAUGUGAUUAAUAAAUAUGAAACAUAUAAACCA